AUGGUGUCGAUGAUGGACAAGAGAAUGGAGUUGUGGUCGAUGGAAAGCACAGAGGAGUUUGCGGCAUUGGCACUGAGGUGUAGCGACGACUCACCGGAGAUGAGGCGGGCGACGACGGAUGUGGUGAAAGAGCUGGAGGUGGUAAUCAUCAUCACCGUUACAAAUCGAUCUCCAAUUACCAAAGUAGAGUUUAUAGCAUGCACUGCAUUUUCUCUCUUUACUCAUGCGAAAACUGGAUUUUUGGAAUGUUAA